AUGGCUACUCGACCAUCCGCUGUUAAUGGUCUGUCAGUCAAUUUUAGGAAGCGGAUCUUUGGCUCAAAUACCAGCUUCCUGCUAGCAAUUCAGGGGUAUAUCAAGUUGGAAGCUGAUAAAUUAGUUCAAGAAAAGUCAGAGAUGCAGAGACAUUAUGUUAUGUAUUACGAAAUGUCUUACGGUCUUAAUGUGGAGAUGCAUAAACAGACGGAGAUCGCCAAGAGGCUAAACGCGAUACUAGCACAGAUUAUGCCCUUCUUAUCCCAAGAGGUCACCAUGGGUCAUCAGCACCAACAACAGGUGGCGGCGGCGAUAGAACGGGCUAAGCAGGUCACCAUGACUGAACUCAACUCAAUUAUUGGGCACCAGAGAAACGAGUUACCACGAAUUUUGCAGCAGAUGCAGGCCCAGCAGGCUGCCUUGCCGCAUGCGGGACACGCCCCUCCCAUCCCUCUAGGGCCGCAUCCGGCACUGCCCGGCCUCCCGUCCCUCCCGCCAUCCUCCGCCGCAAGUUUGCUAUCGGGGUUUACCGGAUCACUGAUGAACCCCAACAGUCACCCGCUCUCUCUUCUCAGUUCUAAACACCUCCUGCACCGCGACGACAACACACAUUGGGCAAUGGUAGGGUCGCGUCACCCAGGUUCCCCGUCACCAUCUUCACCACGAGGGCGCCACAACACUCACCACCUCCCCUCCGCCCACGAUGAUCACCCAGGGUCCUCCUCCUCUACUACGGGCGGAGUUACUUCCCCUUAUACACCCGCAGAAAGACAUGGACAAGUAGACUCAUCCCCCCUGAACCUUGAGCCUAAGAAGAUUAAACCUUGGGAGGAUGGCCAUGAUAGAGAUGGGAGAAAGAGCGAACAGGAUGUGGUAGUGGACGAGCCUCAGGACUCAGUAAGCCCAGCGGUCAACGGUACCACGUCACCACGCGAGAACGGCGUCGCCAAGAAGACUCCGCCCCUCGGCUCCGUCAGCCCCAGGAGCUCUGGCAGCUCCUCGUCCACGCCGCAGGCCAGGAAGGAGGAGAAGCCCGCAACGCCCAACUCUAAAGCGCCCACGCCCACCUCCUCUGGCGCCAGCGCGGUCAAGCCCGUCGGCAAGGCGGCGCCCCUACCAGGCGUAGGCUCCUACCCCCCAGGCUACCCACUACCUGAGGCUGCCGCCGCCGCCGCUGCUGCUGCCGCCGCCGCCGCUGCUGCCGCCGCCGCUGCCGCAGGAUCCGGUGCGCCCUACCCAUACCCGAGGCCGCCCGCCCACCCGCAGGCCGCCCCACCCUCGUCCCUGGACAUACACGGACGCACAACCUCCCUGCACACCCUCCAGGGCGGCAAGCCGGCGUACAGCUUCCACGUGAACGGCGAGGGUCAGCUAGCGCCGGUGCCGUUUCCUCCUGACGCGUUGCUGGCGCCGGGGAUCCCGCGGCACGCGCGACAGAUCAACACGCUGCACCACGGCGAGGUGGUGUGUGCCGUCACCAUCAGCAACCCCACCAAGUACGUCUACACGGGUGGCAAGGGCUGUGUCAAGGUGUGGGACAUCAGCCAGCCUGGGUCUAAGACUCCCGUCUCACAACUAGACUGCUUGCAACGUGACAGUUACAUCCGGUCAGUGAAGCUGUUGCCCGAUGGCCGGACUCUCCUGGUGGGCGGGGAGGCGUCUACCCUCAGCAUCUGGGACCUGGCCACGCCCACGCCCAGAAUUAAGGCUGAACUCACUUCGGCGGCGCCAGCGUGUUACGCCCUAGCCAUAAGCCCGGACUCAAAGGUGUGCUUCAGCUGUUGCAGUGAUGGCAACAUUGCCGUGUGGGACCUGCACAACCAGACUCUGGUGCGACAGUUCCAGGGACACACCGACGGCGCCUCCUGCAUCGACAUCUCUCCCGACGGCACCAAGUUGUGGACGGGCGGCCUCGACAACACCGUCAGGUCAUGGGACCUACGCGAGGGUCGUCAGCUGCAGCAACACGACUUCACGAGUCAGAUCUUCUCGCUGGGUUACUGCCCCACCGGGGAGUGGCUCGCCGUGGGUAUGGAGAGCUCCAACGUGGAAGUUCUGCACGUCAACAAACCAGACAAGUAUCAGCUCCACCUGCACGAGUCUUGUGUUCUCUCCCUCAAGUUUGCCUCAGCUGGCAAGUGGUUCGUGUCUACUGGCAAGGACAACUUGCUCAACGCCUGGCGCACACCUUACGGCGCCUCCAUCUUCCAGUCGAAGGAGUCGUCGUCGGUGCUGAGCUGUGACAUCUCUGCCGACGACAAGUACAUCGUGACGGGUUCAGGGGACAAGAAGGCUACCGUCUACGAGGUCAUCUACUAAACCCCACAACUUCACGAGACAAGUAUCACCCCCCACACAAAGUCAACCUCGUCAGUUUGAUCACAAGCUCUUGAGCCGAUGUUCCAAUGAAAGACCUUGAGAGCUCUUGGGUAACCUGUCAUCUUUCCAAGCUUUAAUUAGGUUUUCUGUCGUGCUAAGUCAUCGCUGAAGAGUCAACAGCAGACAAGUGAUUAGCUACGAGAUCUUUUACAGCUUCGCCGUCUCAAACGUACUCGUACUUGGCCAAGUUCAAUAUAGUUUAAAAAAAAUUAAAUAUUAUACAUUAUAUAUUGAAUAAUGGCGUCUUUAUGAACACCAGUGAACGAGAUCGGCUCCGUCGUUCACCCCAAGACUGAGGUGACCCCCUGCCUCAUGUUCGUUCAACCUGUGACCUUCACCCGAUCACUCACUCACCUGGAGACUCACCUACUCUACACCGCCGCUCAAACAUCUAAUACUUUGACGAUUUUCCAAACUCCCGGACACACGAGGAUCUUAACCCCGAGCCUCCUCAGAGUCUUGCCGGGUAAACUAUCUGAUUCCUCACAGAUGUUGAGGUUAAUACGAGCAGAGACACACCCACCCCCCGCCCCCGCCCCGCCCCCGCCCCGCCCCGACCCGCCCCUUACUGAUGCAACAUUAAAAAAAGAUAAAAUCGACAACCAAGACGCCAACACAAUCUCUCUGCCAUACAGUGUAAACAUUACAUUACACGUGUACAUAACUGAGGUGGAUGUUCUGAUGACUCGUCGCCAAGACCACAUUUGUUACAUCACAGUAAAAGAAUAAACGGGACAGAAGAAGAAGAAGAAGAAGAAGAAGAAGAAGAAGAAGACUGAUUGGUUAUGUUAGUGUGUGGGUUAAGGACACAGUGUUGUAGGAGGAGACAGAGAGAGGGAGGAGGAACAUGGCAGGUACUGUACAGGGAAUGUUAAGCAGAGGCGAACUGUGGUGAGGUGUGUGUGUGUGUGUGGUGCUGGUAGUGGCAGUGAUAUAUAGUACAAGAUCAUAACUGUUUUAUGUUGUAGUUUAUGAAGAACAAAAGACAAUCUGCAUAUUAAUGUUAUUUUUUGCCAUAGCCACACAGUGUUGAGUGAAGGCUGAGUUGAAGAAACACUUUGGAUUGUGUUGGUUGUGAACAGUUUACAGUGGAAGUGUCUGUGAGUUAUGGAGUGGAUAUAAUAUUGGCAAAGAAGUGGAUUUAUUGGAUACAUUGUGGACGCUGUGGCAAUGGAAAUGAACCAUACAAUUAUUACGAAUUGUGAGAACAAUGUCAUACACCAUUGCUUAGUGUGUUGUGAAGAGUGAACAAGUUAAUAAUGAAAUGACGAGAAAAAAAAAAGUGAAAUUUACAGAAAAGAAAAUUUUUUUUUACAAAAUUUGAACCGUAAGACACAUGACUGAAACAACUGGACGAAGUAUUUGUAACCAGACAACAACCUGGUGAUGUGUGUGUGUGUGUGUGUGUGUUGAUCAGGACCUGUAUUCUGUCUUUACCACACUGUCUUGUUUAUUAGGGGGUAAUAUUCAGUGGGGUCCUCACCACCCUGAGUACAAUAACUGGGUGCGUGUUCAUAACGAGACGAUAGGAGGUGGGGUCAAGUCUGAUGUAUGUAUUUCUUUAUUCUAGCAUAGAACAAAAAAACCAAAUUAUUAGGGUCGUGUGAGACAGUUUGGUGGACGGGGCCUGACUAGUACCUCGUCUCAUACUGUCCACUACUUGAUGUGAGGAGAGAAAAUGUAAAAAAAAAAAGUUUUUUUUUUUUCUUGAAAAUUUAUUUAUAAAUUUUUGAUAAAGAAAUAUUAUAUGUGGGACUGUGUGACACGUUGGUUUAGUUUUUAAUAAAGGAUCGUUGACGAUUGCUUUGUUGCGACUGUGAUAAAGUUUAUAAAGUAAUAAUUCUCGCGUAGUUUGAUGACGUGGACUGAAGAGGCGAGACCACUAGGGGGGUACUGAAGAGGGGGCGGGGGGCAGCCAGUACUGGGGUGGAGCCUCCUGUGUACUGGGGGGGGAGGAGGAGGUAGACGACGCCCCUACUGUGUACUAGACCCCCCCCUCCUCCCCCCCAGUGUGACCGCCGGGGUUCCAAAAGGUUCCAAACUCACACACUAGGAGAGGUUGGCGGGGGGCCUGCAAGCAUUACCCGUCUGGUUCUGUAUAUAUAAAAAAAAUACUUCAACUCUCCAUUUUUCAGACUACUAUUUUAUUCAUUCAUUCACACAUUUGGUAUGCAGUUCAUUAAGAGAAAAAUGUUACAUUAUGUAGAUUAUAAUGAAAAGGUGUAGGUGAGGACUCGCGCUAAAACUGACUAGCUGAGUAAUCAACCAGGACUCCACCAUGUAACUCACUCACCCCCCCCCCCUCAGAGGUUUUAAGUUAGAAUUCUAAAACAUUUACUGGGUGCUGGUUAACUACGUGGUGUACUAAGCCAAACACUCCAUCACUUGUAGUUCAGAGGGAAACCAAUUACUACAGAGAAGUAAUUAUUCUUCACGGUGUCUACCUUGCAGAGCUUCAGAGGCCUUUACUGUCUCCUGGUAUGUUGGUCACUUUCAGUAAAUGUUGCAGAAAUCGGACUACUGUACACACCAGAUUAAAGGCUUGAGAAACAACAACACACCCUCUCUCUCUCUCUCUCUCUCUCUCUCUCUCUCUCUCUCUCUCUCUGCCACUGUUGUAUGUAGCAAGAGUGCCAGGACAUUAUGGUGUGUUACUUUGGCACUCCUCCCACCUACACUGUGCCUCUCCUCCCACCUACACUGUGGUACACCUCCCACCUACACUGUGCCUCUCCUCCCACCUACACUGUGCCUCUCCUCCCACCUACACUGUGGUACACCUCCCACCUACACUGUGCCUCUCCUCCCACCUACACUGUGGUACACCUCCCACCUACACUGUGCCUCUCCUCUCACCUACACUGUGCUACUUCUCCCACCUACACUGUACCUCUCCUCUCGCCUACACUGGUACACCUCCUACCUACACUGUGCCACUCCUACCUACACUGUGAUGGUACAUAAAUCCCAGGACAGAAGCCACAGGGUGUUGAGUCAGGUGGUGUUAAUAAAAGACCUUUGAGGUAAUUUCAACUAAAGAACAAACCGUUUUACCAGCACAGACGAUAACAAUGAAUCUUAACACAACAGGUCUAUAUAUAUAAUUUAACAUCAUUAAUUAACAAUACAACACAGAGACGAAUACUAAACAACACUAGUCUCAUGUCUCAAGCAACACAAAUUCCCCACCAAAAACAAAUGAAGUUGUGUUAUGUUUCUCAAGACUUUUAUCUGGCAACAACUUCACCCAUUAUAUAGUUCACCAACAGGGAUACAUUUUGCAGUCUUUGUGUUGGACAGUUUUAUACAGAGAGAUGAAUUGAAUCGCUGUUAAAAGGUCGGUAUUGUGAGUGUUUUGUUGAGUCUCCACGACACCGGGAGCAUUGGUUCGACGGCUUACUCAAAUAUUGUCUCCAACUUUGACAUAAAUAUCUGUAUGACUAAUGAAGGAGGUGGUGGGUGUUGAGGACCUACUGAAGGACCUAAUGCUCGGGAGGGAUGUAGGAUCCUUCAGGUGAUGGUAGAGGAUGGUAGGACUGUGGUCAUUACCUCAUUACGAAGGACUUUUUUUUUUCUUGAAGACUGUAGGACUACUAUUAUCGGUAACUGAAGGACCUCAUAAGUCCCCAUCUCCCUCCUCCCUGCCGGUGACUUCAGACCUCCUGGCGGUGACUCACAAGACCACCAGAGUCCUUCCAUUACCUCGCCUGUGACUCAAGACCCAACCCCCCCCAACCCCGAGUCCCCAUUUGCCAGUGACGUCAGAGCAGUCACCACCACAAGAGACAUAAUAAAGGGGACACUUACCACCCCUUACCUAGUCCCUUACCUAGUCCCCAAGACCACCAACCAGGCCGGUGACUUAAAAAAGGGGACUCAUUAACCCCCUUACCCUACUAUAUCGGUACCUUACUAAGUCCCCCCCCCUCGCCAGCGACUUAAACCCCCCUCCCGCCCCCUCUCGCCAGUGCCCAAGACAAAGGUGACUCACGGAGAGCUGUACACCCGCCGCUACGCAGAAUGUAUAAAAAAAACUAAAUAAAAAUGGUUCAUGUAGAGAAAGUUAUUCAUCUUAUUCAGUGUGUGCCAUUAUUCUGAAUUUCAAUAAAGUGUUUAUGUGCAAUACAGA